UUGGAGCACUUGAAUUUCUCACCAGUAAAACACUAUAAAAAUAUGAGAGUAUUGAGUCAUUGAUUUAGAAACCGCUGCUACAGAACACGGUUUAUGCUGGGCAUAGAAAACCGCUAAGAAAAGUGGCUUUAUUGGGUGAAACAUUUAAUAUUUGGAGAUAAAGAAGAGGAUAAGAUAGUUCUUUACUGUUACUGAAUUCAUCCCCACCUAAAGGAAGAAGAAAAUGGGGAACUCGAACGUCGAAGUGGGAAAAGUGUUGGAGAUAUUCGAAGUAGGGCCAUGUGAGAAUGCUCACCAGAUGGGCUUUCUCAUAGGCCAGAGGUUCUCAAGCCAGAUAAGAAGCAGAUUGACCAGAGACCUCAUUCUUCAAAACCAGCUCCUCCCUUUUGCCCAAACCUCACAAUCACAGCCACUCAUUCAAGCUCUCUGUAGUAACAACCAAAACAAGUUUCCAAAAUAUUGGGAAGAGCUUGUAGGGAUAGCAGAAGGAAGUGGUGUACCGGUACUUGACAUAAUACUAAUCAACUUCAGGAAAGAGAUUCUUCCAUUUCUUCCCAAGACAGAGUUGACUACUCCAGUUGAGGAUCCCUCAGAUGACUGUUCUGAUGUUCUUGCUGUUAGUGAGUCCAUGGCCGUUGCAGCUCACAAUGAGGAUGCAAACUUUGCUUUAGUUGGGCACACCUAUUUGAUCAAAGGAACGCUGUCAAAUGGGCUUACAUACACUGCUUAUACAUAUGCAGGGGAGCUCCCAAGCUGUGCAUUUGCGUUCAACAAUCACGGACUGGCAUUUACGCUCAAUUCAGUACCCCCAUCUGAAAAUGAGAUUGUUGCUGGAGGCAUAGGCCGAAACUUUAUUUCGAGAGACCUCCUUGAAGCAACAAGCAUAAAUGAUGCAUUAUCUAAAAUUUGUUCUUCAGAGGCUUCUGUGGGACAUAGUUACAAUCUCAUUGAAACAAGGACACGUAGAAUUCUCAAUGUUGAAACAGCUUCUAGGAAUCGGUCUUCAGUUUAUGAGAUUGGGGCAACACCAUUCUUCCAUGCAAACAUGUAUCUCCAUCUUCAAGUUCAUCAAGUACAAGAUGAAAACUCACUAAGCAGACAAAAAAAAGCAGCUAGCCUACCAAAAAGUUCAAGAAAAGAUUUCCUAUCACUACUUGGAGAUACAGAAGAUCCAAAAUACCCCAUCUACAUGGAAGGUAAUUUAGAACAAAAACUAAUUUUUUUUUUAAUUUAUUUCUUUUUUUUUUUUUUUUUGAACUUUAAACCCCCUUGCUUAUGUCACACACCCUGUUUGCCUUCUUUUCAGGUCCAACACUUUACACACUAUGUACCGUUGUUAUAGACUUGGAUGAACAAACUGUAUCAAUUAUUCAAGGAAAUCCAAAGAAAGAAGAAGUUUCUCACA